AUGAGACCUUCACCUCCGACGGCUGCCUUCCCCGUCGAGGAUAUUGUUCCUGUCGAUCUUCCGCCUUGGAUAGCAAUCUCAGGCGGCGUUGAACUGCGUGUGAUGCAACAGGCAUGGGAAAGGGAAACACAGGUGAUGUUGGCUCGUGUGGCGGCCAAUUACGUACGAUGCGCUGACCUAAAACUUCUUGCGGAGGCAUUUCGCGACUACACAUCCUUCGCUGUCCGUCAGCUACCGAUGAUGAGUGCUGUUAUGACGGAAAUAUAUUCCAUCAUUUUCGUCCCCAACGCGUCUUCGAGUAGCGAUGACCGCAACAACGUCCACUUCGACAGAGGUUCCAGGCCAGCAUCUACAACGGCGGUGGAGGGCCUCAAUAUGGUCACCGCUGAGGAACCAGACUCUUGUUCCAUAUGCCUGCAGGAUUUUGGGACUACGACUCGAGUGUUGGCGAUGCCUUGCGGUCAUCUCUUCCAUGCGGCGUGUCUGAAGAAAUGGCUGGAGCGGAGCUGUUCGUGCCCUCUCUGCCGCUUUUCGCUUCCUCAAGAAGAGUAG